UAAAUUGCCAAGGCAAAGGUUUGACGUCAGUGCCGCCUGGAAUACCUAGGAAUACAACAUUGCUGAAUCUCAGAGAUAAUCAUCUGGCAAGAAUUAAAAGAGGUACCUUCGCUAAUCUCACCAAAGUCAUCAGAUUAUAUCUUGGCAACAAUGAACUGAAGACGAUGGAUGCAGACAUCAUGUUUGGCUUUACAGGUGGGCUUUUAUCCUCAAUACGGUUGAACUUCAACAAGCUGCAGAGCUUGGGCCCCCAGACAUUCAGUGGAGUUUCAUCACCUUGGCGCAUUGUCCUUCAUCACAACAAUAUCCAGGAGAUUCCGUCACGGUUGAUGUAUCGGAAAGACAAAGAACUCGUCAUGUAUAGUUUGGAUUUCGAUAAUAACCGAAUCGAACGGGUGGCACCAAAUGCAUUUGAAGGAAUAAAAUACAUACAAGCGCUGUAUUUUUCCACAAACAGAAUACAAUAUCUUCCCGACGAGGUUUUUAUAAAUACAACAGUAGGGGGCAUUCUGGAUUUGUCUUUGAAUUUGCUCCAGAGUAUUCCGCAGUGCAUACGGUCUUUGAAACGACUGCGCCAUUUGUAUGUGCAUGGUAACAGGCUCUCUGUGCUCUCGAGGGAGACGUUCAGCGAAAUGUACUCUUUAAGAGACUUAAUGAUCUCAGACAACCCUAUCAUCCUAAUCGAUGACCGAGUGUUCUCCGAAACUCAACUUGUCAACUUGUAG